ACAGGUCUUCAUAUCGAAUCAGUCCUUCCCAGCGGUAACAUUUCACUCUACUCCAUUUUCCUCUCUUCAACUUUAAAAUUGACCAGUGAAUACAUAUCAUUUGAGCAUGAACGUUUUACAAAUUAAAUAUUUCGUUGGCAAAUUUAUAAAUAAUUAAUUGAAGUUUCAAGUGAUUUACAAGCGUAAAAGUAUCAAAUGUCACUCCGAUAAGGCCUUUGUGUUGGGUGCGCAUCUGAGCUAACGAAAAGCUAAUCCACAACAGUCCAGGCCGGGGGACGCAAAACAACGAAAGAGACCACAAUGCAUCUUCACCUCUUGCUACCUACUGUAGCACUGGUAUUCCUCUGCAGAGUCUCAAACAUCACGGCCAACGUCGAGAAAUCGGAAUCUGCAAUCCGCCCCGAAAUCCACCAAAGAUCAAUCAGAUCCACCGAUGCCGACCUCGCUCAACUGCGCGCGUUAAAAGAGCGCGCUUCAUCGGGAGGACACAAAUGCGCCAGACGCAUCGUAGGUUACGUAACGCAGUGGUCAUUGCACCCAUUCACCAUAAAACAAUCGCUUGGCCUCACAAACGCCAUCUUCGCUUUCGUCCACAUGGACCCGAGCGGCCGACUUUCCCUAUCAUCCGACCAAACAUCAAAAGAUCGUCUCAACGACCUCUUCGUCGCCAGGAAAGCCCACUCGGAUCAAGGACUCAACUUUAAGGUCUCCUUCGCCAUCGGCGGAGGUGAGAACUCCCAGCACUUCUCCCCGGUCUUAUCCAGCGACGGAGGUCGCAACCUCCUCGUCAACGAGAUCGCCCGGAUCCUGACCCAACACCGAUUCGACGGCGUCGACGUAGACUGGGAGUUUCCUGUCGUCGGAAUCGCCUCCAAGGGCAAACCCGAAGACAGAGCUAACUACGUCACGUUCCUGCGCGAUCUUCGAGCCAAGCUCGGGCCGAACCGGUUGAUCUCCAUCGCCGCCGCGUCCGACCAGUACGCGGUCGCCGGGUACGACGUUCGGAACCUGUUGCGCCACGUCGAUUGGAUCGGCGUCAUGUCCUACGACUUCUUCGGCGCCUGGAACUCCGAGCAGGGCUCCUUCGUCGGCCCGAACGCCCCGCUCAGGCACGCCGGCCCGAGCGGCUACUCCCGCAAGCAGAACGUCGACUGGGCCGUCAAGCACUACGUCUGCAGCGGGCAGGACCCUAGCAAGAUCGUGAUGGGUGUCCCGUUUUACGGUCAUUUCUGGUACCGGACAUCGCCGAGUAAAAAUGCUGACUACCCUUUGUUCCGCGUAGCGGAACGACUCAACAACGGAAGCUAUGGGGGCUCCGCCUCUUACCGGGAGCUGCUGAAGGAAUGGCACCUCCUGGAGAAUCAAGCUUUUGAGAAGAGAUGGGACAACCGCUCUAGCACCCCUUGGGCCAUCAACGGGAAACUUGUCUUGAGUUACGAGGACGAACGCUCGAUACGCGAGAAGAUCAAAUACGCGAAUGAGUAUAAUCUAGGGGGUGUUAUGAUUUGGUCGGUGGACCAGGACAGCGCGGAUUCAUCUCUCCUGGACACCGUCUUCGAAACCGGGUGCAGCGUUGGCGCGGGCGGUGGGAGGUACAAGUGCAACCCGCUCGACGGCGAGAAGCGGUGGUGGACCUGGGACGAAGACAAGAAGAACGCGGGUAUGUGCGGGAAGACGGCGCCGCUCUACAAGGGUUUCUACCCGGUCUGCGACCCGGAGGCACCGGGGCUUUCGUGCUGCGGCCCGCACGGAUACUGCGGGGGCAGCGAGGAGUUCUGCGCCUGCGAGGGCUGCGUCGACUACGCGGCGCACCCGGAGAAACUGGUCGAGGAACCGGUGAAGCCGACGGGGCCGGUGAGGUGGCACGUCGGGUACGAGAUCGCGGCGGUCGAUCAACCGCGGUGCGGGCCGAAGGCCCCGAAAUUGCCGGACGGUACGGUGCCGAUCUGUAAUCCGGACAGUAGGAGCUCUUGCUGUUCCGCGGCUGGGUUUUGCGGUUCCGGGGAUGCGUACUGCAAGUGCGAUGGCUGUGUGAGCUACGCGAAACCGGGGCCACUUGGUGAGAAGCUGUGGUACACGUGGGAUGACGGAGUCCUCGCGGCUCGGUGCGGUCCUUCGGUCCCGAGGAUCAACGGUCGAAUCCCGAUUUGUAAUCCCAAUGACCCCGGCUAUCAUUGUUGUUCUUCGGCUGGCUACUGCGGCGCUUCGCCUGAACACUGUGCUUGUGAAGGAUGCGUUGACUACACGAAAAGACGUUAAAGUAGAAUGUGUGAUUAAUCUUUUAUCUGUGAUAAUAAUUCUUACAGUUUCAUGGAGAGAUGGUGAUUUUGCCACCAAGUUUUAAAUUCAGCAUACAAUUAAAAUGGGGCUGUAGGCAAGGUAUGAAUUCAGGCGAUGAAACCUGGUGGUAAUCUCACUUUUUGAUAUCACCAAAUGGGGAUCUAGGUAUUUUGAUUUUUGAAAAUGUUUAUAAUUUUUGUUUCCUGGUCGAGAAGAGGGUCAAAACCACCCCGAAACGGCCCAGGCUUCGUGUUUUGUUGUUUUCUAGCCUGCGUGGUCAGUCAUUUUCUUGUGUUUUUUAGUCGAAUUAUUCUGGCUAUUUUUGUGUAUUUCAGUUCAGAACUGAGUUAUGUGUUUCUUGUGUGUUCCGUACUUUCUGUUGCGUUGAUAUUUUUAUUUUUACGAAUAAAGUUGUAUAUAUUAAGUUCAA